AUGGCCCUCCAUGCUGAGCCCAAUUUGGGUCCCUUCGGUCCCGCAGCCGGUCCCUUCAAAUCGACGGCAUCGCAGCCGGUGCAGCCGGUCCACCGGCUGCGGAAGGUCUGGUUCGGAGCAGGCGCUGACGCUCCGCCCAGCGGCCGCCGCGCCGCGAACGGCGCCCUGGUCCCCGCGGUGAGCGGCGCGGUGCUGGCGUCGUUGCAGGGCAGCGGGAGAGGUGUCCACACCAGGGCUGAAAGCUCGCGACAGACGCGCAUCCGCGCGCGUCGCUACACCUCAGUCGAUUGGGUCGCGAAUCUCAGGGGCCUGGGGAGCUCCAACCUGCUGCGACGGAUCCUGGGCCCUGUGAUGUGCACCACCAGCGUGGCCGUGGUGGUGUACUUGGCCUCGGCGCUGCUGAUGCCUCAGGGCAAGUUCUUGCACGCCAGCACCACUGGACAUGCGCUCUUGGUGUCUGCACUCGGCUUGCUGUUGGUCUUCAGGACCAACACGGCUUAUUCGCGCUUCUGGGAGGGUCGUCAAAUCUGGCAGCAGAUCCUGGACCUCGGCAGGAACCUGGCGAGAACUGCGAUCCUGUGGAGGGAGGAAAUGGGAUCACAGACAUCUGCGCACAUUUGUCGUUUAGUCCAAGCCUUUCCCUACUGCAUGAUCGAGCACUUGAGGGGCAAGAAGGACAAGUCCAUGCGCUCGAAACUCGAACGACUCAUCGGACCCAAGGGCGAGCUGGCCUGUUACUGCCAAUCGGACUACAGCCUUCCUCUGUCCUCGAAUCGGCCUCUUUUCAUCGUGAAUCAGUUGGCGUACGCCAUCCGGGAGGUCCCCAACGGGCGGGGCCAGGAGGCAUUGUACACCAACCGCGAGCGCAGUUGGCUGAUGCAAAACUUAGAGAAACUCAGCGCUACCAUUGGAGCCUGUGAACGGCUGGUACAGACCCCUGUGCCCCUGAGUUAUGUCCGACACACCUCACGCUUCCUUUCGCUCUUCAUGUUGACGCUUCCAUUUGCUCUGGUGGACGUCCUCGGACCAUACACCAUCCCUGUGACCUGCUUUGCGAGCUGGGCCCUUUUCGGAAUCUUUGAGAUUGGGCUGGUCAUUGAGGAUCCCUUCCAGGGAGUGCUCAAGGUUGAAGUCAUCGCGGAGACCCUGCAGGUGGAUAUCGAAGAAUGCAUCAAGAGCCUGGGAGCCUUGGAUCUCUUGGAAGCCGGUGCUCUGGGGAAGGAGGUGAACCGCAAAAGCGAUGCUGCCAGUUGGGAACCUCCCAAGGAACUCCCCUCUACCGGUGAGGAACUUUCAGUGGCGCGCGCCGCAAAGCUCCGAGACAAAGAUCAGCUCCAGGAGGAGCCGGAGACGGAUGGCAAGGUUGCCUUAGUCGAAAGCGCGACCCACCGCAGGUGGCAGGAGCUGAAGGGCCAAAAGAGUAAGCAGCCCCAGAUCUUGGUGCAGAUUUUCGAGUCCUACGAUGUGAACGGAGACAAGGCCAUCGACAAGAAGGAGAUGCAAAAGGUCUUACAAGAAAGUGCUUCUGACAUGGAGGUCCCCGACGAUUGCAUCGACGCCAUCUUCAACGAAGCGGAUUCGGACGGCGACGGACUCCUGACACAGGCCGAGUGGUGCGCCUGGGCGGAGGCCUGUUUGGACCGCGCGGAGAUCGCGGAUCUCGUCCUGCGGAUGCCCAGCUCGCCGCUGCUGCCGGCGGACUCGCACGAUGACACGGACUUCGAGGCGGCGAAGGAGGAAGAGGAAGAGAUGGCAAAGCCAAAGAAGCAACGGCCUGCGCUGCCGGACUCCAAAAAUCUUCCCGAUGACCCCAAG